CCUCCCAGCCCUGGGGAAUGUGUGCCGUAAUGUCGACAGCAGAACUAACCGGCUGGAUCAGCUGAAAGGUCAGCGGAGUCAGACUGACUGAACUCACUCGCAGCUUCAGCCCACCGGGCCGGCAGAACCACCAGAACCACCGCCUGGCACAGUUUCACUGACCUGCCAGAAAGAGAGAGGAGACGCGACCACAACAAACAAGACCGCCACAGCGAACGAUGGCGAUAACAAGCGCGAUCUCUCUCCACGUUUGAAGUCCGCCUCGCACUGUGCUGGAGGGGGUGAUUCUCCUUUGCUUUCACAUGGAGAUGCGGCGGUGACGGGUUCCUCCGGCUGUUUUCUCGUUCGACCCGUUUGAGGACACAUAAGCCCGCGUCCGAGGCGUGGUCUCCGCGGCGCUGCAAACGCGCUGCGUUCCCGAGCGAGGUCUGCGAGCGCGAGCUGCUGCACCCGCCCACACCUGAAUGGCAUGCUGCAGCGCGAGCCGGUCGAGCCAGGAACCCGGCCCCCGUUGCCGUGACGCCCGCAGCUCGGGGAGCGGACAGGUGCGCAGUGUACCUGCGGGGCCGCGGGGGGACAGCGACGUCGCAUUAAAGCUUCGACUCCACAGCGACAGACGGCGGCGGCGUCUUUUCGGUCUGUUUUUCAACCGCUGGCGACAAGGAUAAACUCGCAGACCCGAAACCGAUCGCUAAGCAGCGGAGAAGAUGGCCCAGCUGCAGAGGGUGGCCAGCGAUGUGCCCGAGGAUGCCUCCUCCCUCGGGGAGUCCAGGUGGAGUUCGGAGGAGAGUGAGGCGCAGCACACCAGCUACAAACAGCGGAGUGAGGAGCUGAGGAGGCUCUUCAGAGAGCUGCCCGAGUCAGAGCGGCUGCUCGUGGACUAUGCCUGUGCCCUGCAGAGAGACAUCCUGCUACAGGGACGCCUCUACCUCACAGAGAACUGGCUGUGUUUCCAUAGCAACGUGUUUCGAGGGACAACGAUAGCUGUGAGCUGGGAGGACAUCACAACCAUGAGCCGAGAAAAAACUGCCAGACUCAUUCCCAACGCCAUCCAGAUCUGCACUGAGGGGGAAAAGCUGUUCUUCAGCUCCUUCACCUCCCGGGAGAAAAGCUACCAGGGCAUCUUUCGCCUGUGGCAGAACAUGUUGAUGGACAAGCCCCUGACUCGGACGGAGCUGUGGCAGAUGGUGAAACAGCACUAUGGGAAUGACCUGGGACUGAACCAUGAGGAAAUGGAGAACUUGCAGAUAUCAGCAGAUAACGCAUCACAGGCCAGCGGGGCGGUUAGGGCAGGUGGAGAGGAGCAUGCUGGGAGGAUGGAGAGGCCGUCCUCCCUGCGGCUGCCGGGGGACUCGCCGCCAUUGGACGGGACCACCCAGGUGGAGGAGCCACAGCCGUCACCUGCACCGCAGAGCGGGAACUCUGGGACCACGGAGGAGCUGCGUGUGACCCCGUCCCGCCAGCGGAGCCCUGACCCGCUGGAUCGCCAGGCUCCGGAGAGAAGCUCGAAGCGCUCCUCCCUCUCCCUCGACCUGAACGCCAACGAGGACCAGCUGUCAGAGCACAGCGGCUCUGAGAGUGUGGAGGAGGAGGAGCGACCCUGUCCGCUGCAGGCUCAGGGUCGUCUCUAUGUGAACCGGGUUUUCCACAUCAGUGCAGAGAAGAUGUUUGAUCUGCUCUUCAGCGACUCCCACUUCAUCCGGAGGUUCAUGGACAUCAGGAAGAUCACAGGUAUGACCUCCACUCCCUGGCAGAGGGAUGGCUCUGGCUGUAUGAAGAGGACUCUGAACUACACCAUCACCAUCACCAACCCACUGGUGGGGAAGUUCUCCACCGCCACAGAGACACAGACUCUGUACAGAGAUGCUGGGGAGAGGCAGUACUACAUGGUGGAUUCAGAGGUUUACACGCACGACGUUCCGUACCACGACUACUUCUACACCUUCAACCGCUUCUGCAUCAUCCCCAACUCAAAGCACAAGUGCCGGCUCCGGGUCUACACUGAUGUGAAGUAUAAGAAGCAGCCAUGGGGCCUGGUGAAGUCUUUCAUCACCAAGAACUCCUGGAGUGGCCUGGAGGACUACUUCCGCCAUCUGGAGGUGGAGCUUCUGGAGGAGGAGGCGGAGCUUACGCAGGGGGGCGGGGACCACAGUAAGAUUGGUGGGCUGCGGCGGCGGCGGAGGACCUACAGCCGCUCGGUGUCUGAGCACCUGAAGCAGGGAAAGCAGUACCCUGCAGGAGACCCGGAGCGGCACAGAGACAGCCUGGCGGGAGCUGUGGAGCUGAAGGGGACUCGCGGGUGGAGCAUCUCCACCAUCGUCGCUGGCAUGAGCCUCAUCCUGCUGAUCCUGACUGUGCUGAACCUGGGCCUGUUCGUUAAGCUGUGGGCGAUGGAGGAUGUGGCGCAGCGCAUGUACCUGAGCACCAAGCAGCGCCUGCGGGACAAAGUGGAGCCCAGUUUGAAUCCUGAUCUGGGCUCCAGGAGCAGGGAGGAGAACCACCUGCUGAGGACUGUACUCCAGGACUCCAUUCAUUUAUUGGAACAGCUGCGCAGCUCCCUGCAGGCGCUCCAGCGGAGCUUCGAGGUCCGGAACGCGACGCGGCCGCGGCACUGAGCCGUCUCCCAGGACUCAUCCGCACAGCAGGGAGGUUACCAUAGUCACGUCGCCCUGGAGAUGUCCUGUUGCUAGGCGUCUGUCGCCUGGUGCCAGGGGGUUGGAUGGUCCAUUUUUAAAGCUCUCCUCUUGAGCGCUGGUGUGCGCUAGCGCGCGAAACCCGCCGAGCUCACUGAGGGAUUGUGGGUAAUGUUGCGGGAGGGAAACGCUGCAGUGUGCAGGUGUGUGCGGCUGUGCAGCUCUGUCUGAUCGCCAUGCCGACCGCUCAGCUCAACACUACCAGAUCACUCUGAUAACCGGAUGCCUCUUCUCUAAUGAUAUAAGAAUGAAUUUAAACGUGUUUCAUGGAUUCCAUGUUUGUUUUAAGAUCACGGGCUCUCGAAUUUUACUUUCUCCUUAGCGUAAUUCCUUGGUAACAGUGCUGUAAUAUCUGCUGUGAGAAUGGACCUGCUGUGUGUGUGGACGCGCUGCGGAGCUCUGAGCUCGGCUCCUCUCACCCACAGCUGGGUGCUUAUUUAUCACAUGUCACUGACCCCGCCCUGUUUCCAUGACACCCCUGGGGCCCCUGAGUCACAGUAAACGCACUCCUAAAUUCCAUCAGUCACCCCUAAAUUUGUGUUUUCCACACCCCAACCGCACCCCUGAGUCUCUUUACCCGUGGUGCUUCGGCCCUCUCAGUGGGAACAUGAAAGAAUGCUGUUUCUGCCUGCUGUGUAUGAGGAGGUGAGCGGCGCUCUGAGGGACCCGAAGCCCCACCGUAAACCCCGCGCUGCACGCAGGGGUGUCGCGGGGCAGGGUGCACACAGCUGUGUUACGCACUCUGCCAGAUGCACUCUGUCAUUCACACUCUGUCUGCUGUUUACACCCACACUUCGGCCUGCCUGAGUUUACACAGUUCUGGGAGAAAUCACUCUUUUUACUUCAUGUUUUAUAAUCUUCUUUAUCACAAAAUAAAGACAAUGUUUAAGUUUCAUUGUUGUACUUUAAUAUAUUGGAACACUGCUAU